UUCUGAUUUGAGAACAUGCAUAAAGAGAAAUUGGGUACAUGUUCUAGGGCUAGGGUUCUCGCGCAACUGAGGCGAUUCGGCGACUCCAGUACGACUGACGUCUUCUACAAAUUGACGACCCUAUUUCAUGGUGACCUCCUCUGGAUCUUCGUAUUUCAUAUGUAACAUACUUAAUCCUUCUUCUCUCUCCAAAAUUUCGAAGGGUGUGUGAAAAUUGGGCUUAAAUCGACGACUGUGUAUGAAGAUCUGAAGAGCUCUCACUUCAUCGCGUCUCUCUCCACUCUCGGAUUCUUUUCUCUCUUUCUCCGGUCGAUUUAAGCCAACGAUAAACGCCGGCAGCCAUCUCCAGCGACGGUUUGGCAAGAAAAUUUUCAGAAUCUCCCCAAGCUCUCUAUCUCUAUUUCCCCAUCUCUCUUAUCUCGGAUGGAGAUUAAUGGUGAGAAUGUGGUUGGAGAAGAAAUAGAGAACCUUAUAGACAAUAGCGACGAUGGAAAACUAGUAUGGGAUAAUUCUCAGCUCGAAGCUUUCAUCAUCUGUAUGGAGGAAGAAGUGAAGGUUGGAAAUCGGAGUAGCGGAACUUUUUGUCCAGCUGGUUGGAAGAAUAUGGUAAAAGGUAUGAGGGUCCGUAUAGGAAAAAAGUAUGAACUGAAACAACUUAGGAGCAAAUUCAACCACGUGAGGGUAGAGUACAAAGCAUUUGUGAGUUUGUUAGCAGAAACAGGCGUAGGAUACAAUGUUGAGAUGGGCAUGGUUAUAGUUGAAACAGAAAGAUGGCCUAAAUUGAUGAAGGUGAAUACCCAUUAUGGUAAGUUUCGAAAGAAGUGAUGGAAGCAUUUUGACAAGCUCACCACCAUAUUUGGAGGCACACAUGCUACAAGUGCACAUGUCCAUACUUCGACUAAUCCACCCAUUAUCAACCAAGCCCCCGCACACCAUGCCGCCAUACAUAGCUCAUUUGAAAUUGAUGAUUUACCUGAGUUAGGCGGUCGUGAGAUCAGUCCUUCUCCUGAACCUCAUGGUAAGAAACCAAAGAAAGAGAGUUUUGCAUCCACAAUGAGCAAUGUCAUGCGUGAAAUGAAAGAUAUUAAAUGAGAGAAAUGUGAUUGAAUUGAAUGGGCCCUAAAAGAAGCUUCAUCAUCUAAUAAUAUGAAAACAGUCCACGAAGAAUGUCAGGUUGAAGUAAAUUCUCCGGACAAGAUAAAAGGUGAUUUUAAGUUAUGUUGUAGUAUUUUGAAUAAGUCGGAGGGCGUUGAUAUGAAACAAUAUGCUAAGGUCACCUAGAUGUUACAUAAUGAUGAAGUUUGGAGGGAGUUCUUUCUGAAUGACUUUCCUAAUAAUAAAAGGGUUGGUUGGAUCAUGAAUAUUUGAUUUGGUGUGUUGCUUUUAUUAUGACUUUGGAUGACUGUACUAUUAAGUAUACUUUAUUUGGUGUAUUGUUUUUAUUUCUCAUUUGAUUUUGUUGUGACUUUGGAUGAUUAUAAUAUUAAGUACACUAGUAUUUAUGUUAUUGGGAUGAUUGUAAUGACAAUAUCAGUAUUUGGCUUGGGAUGAUUUUAUUUGCUGUCUUCUUUUA